AUGGAUGAAUUUUCCGAUCACUUUAAGUCAGCGUUCAAGGGCACUGUUCGCGGCGUCAAGAAAGGUUACCGACUUACGAAGAAGGCUUUAAAGGAUAUCCCCGUUGAUUCACUAAAACCUGGCAAUAAACAUAGAAAGAGGUCUAACAGCAACGUCCGGCACCUCCAUGACCACAAGCAGAAUGUGGGGGUCCAUCAGGAAAGCGACGAACAUGUGGAGGAUAGCGAAGGUAUCGAGAUGGAAUCCCUUGAUGGGGAGCCGCUAACGGACGAGCAGGUGCAGUUGCAGGUGGAUCGCAAGUUUUUCGACAGAACCUACGACGCCGUGAUGUACGAGCUGACGCACAUGACGCCCUCCUACACCGACAUUGACGAGGAAAUCCUGAACGAGAAGGAGGCGAUGAAUUCUCGUAUCUUAGAUUUGCGGCAAAAAUGCAAGAUUGUGAGCACGACGCUCGAGAAGCGCGUGCUCGCGCAUUAUGCCGAGUUUGUUCAAGGUAUUGAGGAUAUUCGUAUGGUUAAUGACUCGCUUUUGCAGACCUCUAGCGAUUGCAAAAAAGCUCGGGUGGCGAUUCGAAAGUCCAAGGCGAUUGCCGCCUCUCAGGUUGCCCUGCUCGGUCUCAACCGCACAAGGACGAACGUUGCCGAUACGAUGGUUCUCCUAGAGGUAAUGAAGCGGAUUGUGUGGAGGCGUAGCGAGUUCGCGGUGCUCGUUUCGAGCGGAAAGCUAAGCGAUGCGAUGAAGUUGCUUAAGGAAGAGGGAUCUACGGAUAUCGAGAAUCGCCUUACACGCGUUCACUCCAUACGGAUACUGAUCGAGAAGUGGCAUGCCUUACAGAACGACCCCAGGCUUGUCGAGCAGUGCGUCGAGGCCGUCUUGACGGAUUGUCUAACGCACCGGUUUGUGGAAUCGACCUAUUGCAGUCUGGUGGAGUCCUCUACGGUGGUGGGAACUCCCCAGGAGCUGGGGAAUCAAGUCGGGCAGCUGCUCUGGUGCGUCGCGGCGCAAAUCCUCACCAGAUCCUUACUUGAGAUCUCUCAGCGCAAGGACGAGUCGGCCCCGAUCGCCAGUCUCGCGGAGGAAAUUCAACCCAAGCAUCUCUUGUUGUGUAUUUGCCAGAUGGCGGCUAGGUUAGUGGACUUCUUCUCCAUCUACACCACGAUUCUUCGAAUUCACGGCGAGGAGAGCCGCCGGCGGGAUUCGGCGUUCGCCGACGCCCACGCGCACCUCUUGCACUGCGUUGACGGGAUCGGCCGCCGCAUCGGCAACGACCUUCUGCAGAAGCUCACGCUCGUGAUCACUCACGCGAAGGUCGAUCAGCUCGACCUCACCCGCGGGUUGCAUCUUUUCGUUGUCGUCGACAUGCUCGUCGAGGCGGUGAAGGGGGCUGGGGCGGAUGGCGCGGAGUUGGCGUCCGCCCGCACGCAGCUACGCGCGAGGCUCGAGAGCUUUGUCGCCACACAAUUUCAGCUCCCCAAGGCGGCAGCGGUGCUUUGGGGGAUGAUGGAGGAUAGCUGGACGAUGUCGGAUCUUUCCGCCCUCUCGCUGCGCGUCGUGCGGCCGAUUACCUCGAAAGCCUACCACACGUGCAUGAAGACGGUGCGGGCGUACGUGGAGGGCGCGAAGGAGCGCGGGGCGCGGGCGGCCACGCAUGAGAAUCCGUUCUACGCCGCUGAGGUGAUCGAUCCCCAGGAUUUGGAUCGAUUUCUCCAGACGGAAACGUUUGGGCAGUACUGGACGAGGGUGAAGAACAGCCUCGACUCGGGAAGUCCGCGCAGCCUGAGCGAUACCGCGACCUCGCCCCGGGAUGCCACACCUGAGGAGGAGGACUCUUUUGCGGAGACUCAGGAUUCCACCGUGGUGAUGGCUACAGGGUGUCUUGAGGAUGUGCUUAAGGGCACCUUAGCCGCCAAUGCAUCCAUCCCGCCUACGGUUUUGACGUCGAGCGCGAUUAGUUUGUGCAACACGCUGACGGAAUACGCGGCACGUGUGGUGGUUCGAUACUCACCUCUAGCUGCUAAUAUGAUCAAUUGGACAAGCGAUUUGGUGAGCCUCUACAUCUACACCAUCGCGGAUAACUUCGUCUCGAUCUCGAAAAGCGUUCCUAUUGAGCGGCAAAGCGACUUCUCGCAGAGAGUGCAGGACAUUCUGGCUGAGAUGCACGUCUCCAGUGAAAGGUCCGUUGGGGCUGUCAACGGGUGCUUUAGCUUUCCCGAGCAGCUCGCUAAUGAUGUGCCGCAUGACGGCAACUCGUUGGUUCGUUUCCCACCUAGGAUAUGGGAUCGCAUACGCCAGGAGUACGCGAGUGGGGCACAUCAUUACGCCUUGGUGAAUCGUGUGGUGGCGUGCGAAUCUUGCAUCGCGCUCGUGUUUCAGCAGGAGGCUUUGGUGUGUUCGUUCGCGCAGCUCCUGCCUGGGCCCGUCGCCGAGGAGCACUUCCGUCGCAUCAAGGACUUCUAUGGGGUUGCUACGGAGCUGUUGCAUAUGUGCAUCUACCGUGUCUGCCAGGCGAUAUACCCAAUGGAGUCUGUUUGUGCCGAGAUCUCAAAGCUACGGCCGAAAAAGGAUGAGAUACAGGUGAGCAGCUACGUGAAGGAUAUCAUAGCAGGCAUGAAUGCUUUAAAUGAGCGGCGCCCUGCGAUGCCAACCCCUGUGCUGGAUACGUGCUUUUUGAAGCGUUUUAUUUUUACUGUCCAGGCUACACUCGUGCGGGAGUACAGCAAACUUUCGAAGAGAAAGCUGAACGACAUGGCCGUCAUGCAGAUUCAGAUUGAUGCGCAGAACUUCCAGCAGCUGGUCGCUACAACCUUCGGGCGCCAUAAUGUUGUGAUGCCGGACUACAUUGUGAAUCUCAUCAAGACUGGAUUUUAUAUGGAUAAUCGUGAGAAACGGUUGGGAUGGCUACCUCCCAACCAUGCCGUAUACUUUGCAACGGACUUGGUAAACUGGCUUAGUGGAGGAGAUCGUGCUUUCAAACAGAUGCUAGAGGAUAUACUGAAAAAUGAUCUGAAUCACCACGACACGCUUCCAAUGGAUCCGUUUCUCCACUAA